AUGGCAUCAUCCAACACAUCGCUGGUUGUCCGCGUGGGAGGACAACCGAAAUUGGUCAAAGAAGUGUCACUACCAAACCCCAGCACAGGUCAAGUGCAAGUCAAAGGUGUCGCAUGUGGCACAGAGCCCAACGGAUGGUAUAAUGUGCUACCCUUAUCCAUUUCGAUCCAUGUCACUUAUACUCCGCCGUCCAAUCUUUUGAUGUAA